AAUAAACAAUAAAAAUGAACAGUAAACUAAUUACUCUCUCUCUCUCUCUCUCUCACUGUGUGUGUCUUCCAGGAGAGCGUCCCUUUCCCUGCACCUGGACUGACUGCAACAAGAAGUUUGCCCGUUCGGAUGAGCUGGCCCGUCACUACCGCACCCACACCGGGGAGAAGAAGUUCAGCUGCCCGCUCUGCGACAAGCGCUUCAUGCGCAGCGACCACCUGAUGAAGCACGCUCGCCGCCACUCUGAGUUCCAGCCCGCCAUGUUGAAACGGCCGUACGGGUGUGGCGGAGGAAUGGGAGGAGGAAUGGGUGGAGGUGUGGGCGGAGGAAUGGGCGGAGGAAUGGGCGUGGUCGGGAGUACUACACGCCCCGGAUCCCUCAGCGACUACAACAGCCGCUCCGACUCGUCCAGCCCCACCCUAAGCCCCACCCCCAGCCCCACCCUUAGCCCAGCUAACUCGCCUUAAAGCCCCCGCCAACAGCACUUUCAGGCUCUGCCUCCAACGCCCUGAUUGACCCACCCACCCACCCACCCACAAGACAAGACACACACCCACAGACAGGACAGGACUCUUUCAGUCUGUUUUAGGCCUUUUCCACCACAGGGUUUGGGUUUUACACCGGUGCCCUGUGGAAUGUCUCAGCCCACCACAGCAUUGCGAUGGAAAUAGGCGAUUUAAAUAUUUUUUUAUCAUGAUGGUGGUCUUAGACUGGAUCCUCUUUAGCAUCCGCUCCAGUCACACUUGAGUCUUUUUACCAUGACAGGUGGUGGUAGAAGGAAUCCUUUCAAAGAACUUGAUGCCCCUGUCCCUUGUUCUAACGUCUCACCCUAACCUUGACUUCAAUGGGACUACGCCACAACCCCAGCAGUAACUCUGAUUCGUUAUUUUGGUCAGUAGGGUUCCUCUGAUUGGCUCUGGUCCUAAUUGGGACCCUCCCCCUGCCCCCCGCCAUUCCACUUAUUGCACAGUCACUUACCUAGCGAGCCUCCUUUCCAAUGCUCUGUCUGCUUGCUGCAUUGUACUGUCUUCUACAUCAUGUACUAUACUGCCUAUUGGAGAGCAAUCCUUUCAACAGCAAAGACAAAAAAAAAUUAUGCUUUUCUUGAUGGCAAUAUUUCCAUAGUAUACAAAUGUACUGUGUCGGCAUUGUCUCUUUGAGAAGCCUCGGGCCAUUGUUCCCAUUUGUUAUAUUGUUUCAUUUAGGUUGUGGUACUUAACGUUAGCGGAAUCAGCCAAGAAAGAACACAGGAUAUUCGAUAUUCUAACAGGACGUUACAUUUAUUUGAAAUGGCGAAAGGCAGAGAGAUUUCAUCUUCAUCCUCAGGAUUAUAAACACACAGUUUUAUUUCUUUUUUUAACUUGACUUGCACAAAUACAAAACAUCACUUUACUCUGAAAUUCAACGCAGGUUGUAUCUUCUGCCCUGCUCAGGGAAGGCCUCUUUGAUAGCUUGAAAUGAAUGGACACAAUGAAGACACGCAGAAACAAACACACACACACACACACACACACACACACACACACACACACACACACACACACACACACACACACACACACACACACACACACACACACAAUAGCCUUACACUCAAACAGAAUUGCACUCCUCUCCUUGAAUAAAUUCUGUUUUGUUUUUCA